AUGUCAGCCGGUGAGUCGCUGCUGGACGAAGCCCAUCAGAUUCCGAUCGGACGAGCCGCCUUCCUUCACCGCCUCGCGGGCCCUCCUCCCCCAGAUCUCGGCUCUCUGGCGCACGGCCUCCCCGCGCUGCCCCUCGCCCAUGACCAGGUCGAGGCACCGCCGCAGCUCAGCGGCGUCCGGCAGACCCUCGGCGCUCGGCUCCGAGCGAACGCCGAACCCCCACGCCACCUCCGCCAAGUGGGCGUUGGCCGGCUGGUCCGACCACUUCGGCAUCCCCACGAUGGGAACGCCGCAGGCCAGGCUCUCCAGUGUGGAGUUCCACCCGCAGUGCGUCACGAAGCAGCCCACCGCGCGGUGGGAGAGCACCUCCACCUGCGAGCACCACUCCACCACCAUCCCCUGCGAGCUCUCCUUCACCCCCUCCCGGCCCCCCCGCGCCACCCACAGGUACGACCGCUGGCUGUCCUCCAGCGCGCGGGAGAUCUCCUCCCGCUGUCGCACCGGCAGCACCGUGUAGCUCCCGAAGGAGACGUAAACCACCGAGCGGUUCGGCUGGGCGUCCAGCCACGCCGUGUAGCUCUCUCUGGGCGUCUGCUCGAAGAGGUCGCCACCGAAGGAGGUCUCCGUCCCGUCGAGGCCGUCAGCGUAGGCCGACGGCAGAGUCGGUCCAAUUGGGAGGAGCUCCACCGGCUCCGCCGCCUGCAGAUAAUCCAGCUCCAGGGCCUCGAAGGUGUUGAUCAGAACUCUGGCCUUGGUGUCCAUGGUCUGGAAGAGCUCCUCCACCAGGGGAAAGAACAGGUCGUCCUCCGGGUUCCUGGAGAAGAGCAGGGAGGGGACGUCGCGGACGUGGAGAACCGGCAGGCCCGGUAGAUCUACUGAGGAGAGGGGGUCCUGCCUGUUGGCCUUGAUGAGGCCGGGAUGGCCACGGAAGUAGAGGUGGUAGAUGGCGAAGACGGCGGCGGACUGGAUCCAAUACAGGGCGGAGGUGACGCCGAGGUCGCGCGCCACGGCUGCCGCCCAGGGGACCAGGAAAUUGUAGACGACGCAAGUCACCGGGCGACCGGCGGCGGCGAGGUCGCGCGCGAGCUCGGCGAGGGUCCGGCUACCGACGGACUUCAGCUCCUGCAAGAAGUCGUGCCAGUCGAUGUUGACCCAGUCGACGUACCCGUCGUACUUCCCGACGGAGUAGGGGGAGCAAGCAAGCAGUGGGGGAAGCUUUCCCAGGGGAAUGCGGCGGUGGACCUCCGUAGCGGUGGAGAAGGUGACCUGGGCACCGAGGCGGGCGAGGCGCUUGCCCAGCUGCAGGGAGGGGUUGAUGUGGCCCUGCGCCGGGAAGGACACCACCAGGAAGUGCUGCUGCGGCUGAUCCAUGGGCGGAGCUGUCGGUGGUGA